GAGAAGUCAGUUCAUUGUUCGUGGAGAAACCCCCACAAAGGUAGGAGCAUUGAGUCUGCGCCUGGAAAGUGGACUGAAACCUGGCAGAAGGUGAAGCACUAUUCAAAAAAGCUGGAGUGCCCAUUUGUAUCAUGUUAAAGAAUUAAACAGAAAAAGUUUUCUUCUUCAAAAAAAAGGAAGAAAUGGCCAUAUUUGAGGAGAUGUUAGAUGGUGAGAUUGAAGGCAAUGCACCCUGGACUCAAUUUAUGCUGCAGUAUUAUGGUUGCGAUAGCCCAACACCCUUAGUAGCCAUCUCUGUGAGGGGUGGAAAUGAGAGUUAUCGUCUAACCUGCAAAAGUGAUAAAGAAGUUCAAUUUAAGGAGGGUGAUUUUCCAGACAAGAUUGAAGACGAGGACAAAGAUAUCUUGUUCCAGCUAAACAAAGUUAUAGGCUAUAAUAAGAUAAAAUUCAAGUCAUUCUUGUACCCAGAACAUUACCUAGCAUGUGAGGAAAACUCUAACAAGCUGGUUUUAAAGGAGGAGUUUGACAGUGAGGAAGCUUCUACAAUGUUCGCUUACUUGAUGUGUAAGAAAAAAUAGAAAGAAAAUGAUAAGAACUAUGAGAAACGAGUAUUUCUCUCUUGUAUUUAAUAACUAAUUAUUGAAUUAGGACCGAGGUUUUUACCCUUUUCUCCAGAAACCACCUAGUGCGGAAAAUUUCUCUUAAAGAUUUAUCCACACCAACAUCUAAUCAAAUGGUAAAAAUUUUAGGCUAAUGGAUGCAUUCCUGCUCACUGUGUUUGCUCAGACAGGUCUGGGAAAAUGUUGAUUUUCUCUUUUGUCCGACAGGUGAUAUGGAAAUGGAUAGGUC